AUGGCUACAGGGAUCCAUUUUACGCUUCUGGACAGACAGGGUGAGCUGCACGAGGCGUGGAAGACGGCGUUGGACAAGUACCUCCCAGGGGCGAUAGGGUCGUGCGUCACCCUGCUGCAGAAAGAUAUCCGCGAUGCCGGAACGUACGACUGCGUUGUCUCUCCUGCCAAUUCGUAUGGGAUCAUGGACGGCGGGAUCGACCUGUACAUCGCUCGCGCUAUCUCUCCGGGAGAUAUGAUGCCCGUGAUCCGUGUUGUUCAGGCACAUCUGUACACCCACUACAGAGGGUACAUCUCCCCCGGACAAUGUACGCUCGUGCCUCUGCUUGAAGGGCUCUGCGGGGAGGAGAAUGUCCUCAAGUGCAAGUACGUCGCUGUGCUGCCUACGAUGCGCGUGCCGGAGCGGAUCGACUGGCAGAGGGAGAUAGUGUACGAGUGUAUGUGGAACCUACUCCUCUCGCUUGAUGCACAUAAUUCCGCUCCUGGGGAGGGGAAGAUAGAAACAGUGGUCAUGAGCGGCUUGGGCACGGGCGUGGGAGGGAUCUCACCCCACAAAUGCGCGGAACAGAUGGUACUGGCCAUAAAGCAUUAUCGGGAGGCGACGGGGGAAGCGGACAAGUGGAGGAGGAUGACGUGGGUGAGCGUGAAUGGGGUACAUGAGGAGUUGGAGCCGACGAGGGAGAUGUAG